AAAAAAUUUUCAAACAACAAUCUGCCUCUCGUCGUUAAUGUUAAAUUUAUUCGGGGAUUUCUUGUGAAGCGACUUCUUGGCGGAUGAUAAAGGACUACCUUUAUUCUGGAGGUGAUGGUUUUGUAAUAGAGCACCCAGUUAUUUCGACAGCGAUUAUCACGCAAUACCAUUAUACGGAUCAGAAAGCGCGUUGUUUUGUCAUGCCUCAAUCAAUCAGCUAGAAUGUGCGUGAACUUCAUCUACAAAAGCAGUAUUUUUCUUUUCAGCCUUUGAUGAGUGUAUAUUCACGCUACAAUUGUGUCUUCAACAGCGUACAUAUCUGUGUAUUUGUGUGGGUACUUACGGCAUGAAUAAGGGACGAAAUUCGAGCGCCUUGCAAUCAACUGUACAUUUUUUAUCGUCGAGUACCUUGUUGGCGAAUGGUUCUGACCGAAAACGUUCUGUAGUUGAGAUUUGUGGUUUUAUGGCUGAAUUGUAAAGUGAUUAUGUCUGAAGAGACCAAAGAGAGCUUAGGAGUGAAUUUUCGAUCAAAGGAAACAACUGAAUGUACAUCGAGCACUACUGAUGCAUUCCUUGUCCCGUUUGGGGAGCUCGACGAAUCGCCGGUUGAACAACAAGACCUUAGCGGACUGCUCAGGAUAGGGGAAAGGCGUACCGGAGCUUUUAUCAACGGAUUUGACGGCAAAUUUCUUUGCGACGAAGCUAGCAGUUCGCCCCGGAAACCACAUCCAUUGCGUAGCCCAGUGAACAGCACCCAGACCUCCGUUUCAAGGAAAGUAGCUGUUACUUCUGUCUCAGAGAAUACAGGGAAAACUCUGACAUCAAAAGACUAUAGGAAUUUCUCCAAGGCACCUCUCAAGUUGAAGUUUCCAUUAUCUCCUAGAGCAGCAGCAUGGAAUCUUGAGGAGGACGAAGACAGUGGAAUAGCUAGUGGAAGUACUGAUGGAGUACCUUUUGGUUACACAUCGGGAGGCUUGUAUUAUUCUACAGAUGUACAUCUUCAAACACUUCACACACUGGGUAAUGAAGAGGAAGCUGUAACUCCUCCUCUGGAGAAGAAGCAAAGUGGUUUGAAGCAAACAAGAAUUAGUAAACUGGCCAGACGGCUCAGCCAAAGAAAAGAGAGAGGAAAUAUGAGGAAUCAAGGAAGAUCUCACAGUUUAGAAGAUAUUUCAUCCCCAGCAGGACCAGGAGCAAUCCAUGGAAACAACAAAUCACCAAGGUUACAGCGCACCAUGUCAGUUAAUCAACGUUCCUCCCCACGGACACGGCUCUCUGUCCAAGAGAAUAGAUUCAGUUUUAAUAACAAAGAUGUAAGAGAAAAAUCUAAGAAAAAGAGAGACACCAGUUUAGAUGCUCUUGUUGAUGCAAUUGUUCGCAAAGAAACCGAUGAAAUUAGGAAUAUUUUGGAGUCAGAGGAUGUGGAUAUCAAUGGGGUAAAUGAUGAUGGAUUUGCACCUCUUGAUGUGGCCGUCAUGCUUGGAGUGUUACCCAUUGUCAGAAUGUUGUUGUUAUAUGGUGCUCAAGGAAGCUCAAGUUUACCAAGUUCAUACCUUGCCAAGCACAUAAACAUGUUGUUGAAGGAAGCAGAGCUAAGAGUGGAUGACCUCACCACAGCAGUGGUGCAUGUCAGCUACACUACAUCAUCUGAAGUAAAGGAAAAUGAGAGGCUUUUUCAGGAGUGGUUAUGGAGGAAACACUUACUUGAACAAAUGAAGAAAGGACUUUUAAAAAUAGAACCACCGGACAAGCCAAGUGGUGUUACAAUAUCAGUUGCUUCUGAAGACUCACUGCUUGUUCGUUUUAUUGAACCACUCAAUGAAAAAGUUAUUGUAUCUAAGUAUAAAAUUCAAUGGAGCAAGUUCCCAGACUUUAAGAUUAUGGAAGGAGAAUAUGUCCACCAUGACCUAAGGUCACAAGAGUACACAAUAUGUAAUUUGCAGAAGUCUGUGUUAUACUAUGUACGUGUUUGCUGUGGAAAUCUAAAAGGUUUUAGUCAAUGGCUGGAAUCCAGUCCUCCAAGUGCAAUGCCAUCAACAUGGCACGAAGUAGAUGACUCUAAACCUCGUUUCCAAGGGCGACUCGACAAAAUAGAUCAUUUAUUUAGUCGGGUGUGGCAGAGCCAUGAGGAAUUCUCACCAGUUCGACCAUCACUAGCGCACAGACCACGAAGCAACACAUAUGGCAACGAAACAGGGUGCGAAGCUGGUGCAUCGCCAAGGACAAGUCGUAAGUCAGCCAUGAAAAAGAGUCUAACAAAGUACACUAAUCUACUCUUCCAUUCGGCCCCAAAAUUUGCCAGACAUCUAAAGAGAGGUGUAUAUCUGGCUUCUUUGCUAUUCACUGAUGACGAGAAGCUCCUUGUAACCCUGGACGAAAAUAUCCCAAUAAUUGAAGUGGAUGAUAAUCAUCCUAGUACCUUCCUUCAAGACUUUUGUUGGUUAAUGAAGGUGGCUUGCACUUGGAAAGAUGUUAAAAAAUUAAAGCAAGAAGUAGAGAAAAAGUGUUCAUCCACUUCAGUGCUGUUCAGAUGCAAACUACUACAAGCUGCUGAUACUCUGCAGGGUGCCCUUGGCAAGCAAGAUCUUGGCAGGCUACAUUACAAACCAGUAAAAGAUAGAAAUGGUAGUACUGUGAUUGUCGCCGUCAACUAUGCAAUUCAUGGCAGUUCCUUCAAGCCGCGUAUCCUGUCUCUAAAGUGGUUAUCGUUCAGUAAACUCCAGAAGAGGAUUCAGACUCCUCCAUUGCAAGGUGGGCUACAGGAUGAGUUGUUCACUGCAUCAGAGAUGCUUGUCUCCUCCAUUCAGGAAAAAAUUCAUUAUUAUGAAAACAGUAAAAAGAGCCUUGAAAGGGGUUUGUACAUCGGUUAUCUGAAGCUCAGAACUUUUGUAGACGCUAUUCAUGUCGUGGUUCAAGAGAACUGCCCCAACGUUCUCCCACACGUCAAGAUACGAGAUAACCCCAAUGUGUCGAGAGAGGAGUGGCAAUGGCUUCAGACGCUGGACACUCUUAGGGAGGGGACUCAGGACACAGAGCCAUCCAAGACUGCGCACGAGUUUCAAGUACUGGUGGCCAAAGCUGCCGAAACUUUGAUGGAGAAAGUAGGCGUUAGUAAGGAGGCUUCCAAACUUCACAGAAUAUAUGACCGAGAGGUUGUUGAAUUGGAUGAGAAUGUGUCAUUUAUCAUUGUGUUCCCACCCCCUGAGGAAGUCUGCAGUGCUCCAGGACAAGUAGACUCACUCUCACAUCACAAAGGCUACAUCUCCUUACCUGUGCAAACCUUUGAAAUGAUUCACAUGUAUACGUACCAGCAAGAGUUUAUCUGCCAUUAUUCUCGUCUCUCAUCCGUUCUGGAUAUGGACUCUGUCAUCUCACAGCAGUCACUCAGAGAGGCAUUUUCAUCACCCGAGGUACAGUUAGCAAAAGCACGACAAGAGCAGCUGUUGGAUUUCCAGCGGGAACUUGACGAAACAUGGCAAGGAAUGCGUUGGAUAUUGGAUGCCCUGCAUUACGCGAGGGAUCGUCAAAUUCGAGGUGGCAUACCUCUGGUCGAGGUGUUCCAAUACUCAGUUUCUCACCCGGACGGCCAGUGCUGUGUUUGUUCGUCUGAUUUGAGAGGCAAAGUCCUCUGCAAUGGACAUAAUUCCUCAUCAAGCAAUAGCCCCAGACAAGGAGUGGUUCAAAUUCAUACAGCAGGAGAAACAAGCUUACCUCCCGGAGCCACAGUAACGCUUCAUAUAACGCCUGCAACAAGAUCGGACGAAGUGGUCAAGAUGGUUGUACAACAGCUGUAUAAGAAAUGCCAAGACAGAGAUAAAUCUUCUUAUUGGCACAAUCUCUCUGACAAGAAAUUGAAAGACUUAUGUUUAGUUGCAGUAAUCGGUGGACAAGAGAAAUGUUUUAGGGACGAUUUUAAGCCACUACAGCUUCAAAAUCCGUGGAAACGAGGAAAGUUGUAUCUCAGACUACGCGCUGAUGCCUUCGCAGCAUCUGCUACGGGAAAUUUCACAAGUGUCUAAAUUUCAAUCACUUAAGACGAGCACCUGUUCCUAUGGAGCCAUGUAGUUCUGAGUGUUGAAGAUUUUCCAAAGAAAAACUCGUGCCACAUACUGCAGCAACCAAUCACGUAAGGGUACAACACAUUGCGAUGUGGUAACGUGUUAUCCUCUCCCAGCAUGGAUGUCACGUUUCCCGCGCUUUUCACCGCUUACUCUUAGUUUCUUUGAGGUCCGAUUGGUUUGUUUUGUGAACCACGUGACAAUCUCUAGAAAAUCCUCAGAGUUUCAAACCAAUACUAAAGGUACUCUAUCUUUGCAAUUUUCCUUAACUGGUGCUAAUCGUAAUUACUGCGAAAAUCAGAGCGGAGCAUUCGUUUAUUAGCAUCAGGAGGAUAAUUUAAAGGUUCCAAAUUAAACGCAUCAGAUUCCAAAGCUGAAGCCGCCAAAUCGAGAUUGAGUGGAAAUAGUUAACCAAAACCGAUAAAAACAGUGUUUUUAAAGGCAAAGAGAUGCCCAAAUGUGUUAGAUCUUCUCGAACGCAGAAGCGACAGAAAAUGGCUCCCAUGUGAAAAACUGCUAGUACCAGAUUUAAAAUGACCUUAAAGUGAGAGUAGUGUCAAGAUUCUUCGGCACAUUGUGUUUUUUAUUAUUUAAAAAGGAUGAAAUCCUCCUGUUGGUAAUCAAGAUGGGUGAAUCCAUCGUAAAUCUAGGGACAAAAAAUUUACUGUAUGUUAGUUUGAAAAUUUAGGUAUAUAACAAAUGGAAUAUAUUUAAGGAGUAAAAAAUAAUGUCGGAAUUAAUUAAUUUCUUUGUAUGAUAAGAAUGAUUUUGUACAUAUUGGUGGUCUUGGAGUAAUUAUUUAGGUUUUCGUUUGUCGGCUGUUUUUUUCCCUAAUUUGGUUUAAUUUUGCCAUGGAUUAACUUAACUUCAGUUUUGCUUUUUCGCUUUUGUGACAGUGACAUUUCCACCGGAGAAGGCGAAAAAAUGAAUUUUUCGUUACUAAAUCUUUCCUAGUCACGUUUUACAGUAAAAAAGACCUGAUUUUCUUAUUAGGUAUUCAUAGUUUUUCGAGCAAGAGGAACGGCUUUACACUCGAGAUACGGUUGUAUGGCCCCAAAAGUUUUCACAGCAGCACUGUAGAAAACUUAGUUUAAAGUCUUGUAGUUUCGGUUUGAAACCUCUCUCCUUUACUCGUCAAGUCAAUCGCGUUUGGUGUGGACUUGGUGACCGCGCAUUUCCUUCUUGUAUGUGCAGUGAAUUCGAAAUAGUUCGUUGUUUUACUUGGUUGAGUUAUACGAUUGGUCAGAUAGUUUUCUUUUUGUUCAUUUGUUUAAAGCACUUCUGUCUUGCCUGUUGGUGUCAAGACGAAGUUAGGAUUUGUCUCAUGGCCAAGGCGUUUGUUUCCACUCAUGGGAUUUGUGUUGACCAGAUUACACUUAAGAAUAGAAAACAUUAAAAAAGAAAGAAACAGGAGAGCUGGCUCCCUCUAUGAAUGUAUCAUAUUUAUUCCCUAGUCAGUCUUGCAGGAAGAUAUUUUUCACGACAGUUUUUCAAAUCCUCCAUAGGCGAUAUUCCUAUUUAGGCAGCUCUAACAGAAAUGUAUUCAAGUCUUGUUUAUCACAAAAGAAGUUUCCACCUGGUCUACGUUGUUUGACAGAAGGUAAACGUUUAAGUGAAAAUCGUAUUUAUUGUGAGAUUGUUGUUUAAAAUCACCAUUGUGUUUAAUUUAUUAUUGAUAUUUUCACCUCUUGAGGAGGAAUCCAGAAUAUUUCUAGGCUCUGGGAGUUUGAUAAGUCUGGAAGAGUGCUUGAAGUUUUGAAAGCACUCAUUUGUGUCACUUUUUCCGUUUCAUCGUAAUUAAUCGCAUUUUUGGGUUAAAGCAGUUGAAUGUGGAUAUUGUGUUAUUUUAUACGUAGAAAUGUUUAUCUCCUUAGAAAGAUAGCAAUAAGUUUUCUUUAUAAAGCAAUUUUAGACUGAAACUGGCUGGGUUGUACGUGCGCUAAACGCAAAGCGGAACGCUCUUUUGGUUAUUUCAGCUCUAACUUUGUUUGCUCCCAGAGUAUUGAUUAAGUUAACACUUGUAGCGGGUGAAAUGUUGAUGCUAAGAUAGACUAAAACAAAUAAACAGAAAUAUUUCUCACA